CAAUAAUCAGAAACCUCGUGGUUCUGAUGAUUACCUCGGUAUUUUACCUUUGUAUUUUCAAUAGGAAAUAACUGCAGUCACAGUGAACUCUCACGGCGACACAUCGUAUCACGUAAGCUGCAAUCGCCUGUCCAAGGUAUCAUGUACUGCAACACGAUACGCGCUCUACUUUGAUGAGAAAAGCGCUUUCCGUUACUGCAGUCAGUUCACAGUGGAGUAGGAGACACAAGUGCCGACUGUUAGGAAAGAACCCCAUCUUCAGUUCAAUAGCCAGUGAACGACAUAAUACUGCUUGUGAUUGUGGGCAAUCACAACUGAAGAUGAUGUCAGACUCUGAUGUAACUGAUAAUGGCCCCAAAGAUACUUCACCAUCCACCAUCGCUGUAGGACUGGUGGAGAUGAAUGAGGACACUUCCAGCGGUGAUGCGAGACACAAGAGAGAACACUGGUCAUCUCAGUGGGAUUACAUCAUGUCCAUGAUAGGCUACUGUGUGGGAUUUGGUAAUCUGUGGAGAUUCCCUUACCUCUGCAACAGGAAUGGUGGAGGUGCAUUCGUGAUCCCUUUCCUGGUAUUCAUCAUUAUCGCCGCCUUGCCUGUGUUUUAUCUUGAGGCCUCUCUGGCUCAGUUCUCGGGCAAAGGUGCUGUACAGACGUGGCAUUUCUGCCCCCUCCUCAAAGGUAUCGGUAUCGGAACGGUUAUCGUAGUUGCACUUUGUCAACCCUAUUUUCAAAUCCUUCUGGCCUGGCCAAUCUACUACAUGGUGAAGUCCUGCUCCAGUGUCCUGCCCUGGACAACAUGUGGUAACUGGUGGAACACAGACCUGUGUGUGGAGGACAUCUCCACUUUGAAAGGACAUUCAAUGAACUCUACACAUAUCCUGAACUAUACGGACGCUGCAGGCACCAACAUUGCAGAACUGUGGAGGAACAAGACUUUAUCACACACCGCUGUGGAGGAGUUCUACCAGUACCACGUCCUUAAUAUAUCAAGCGGAAUACAUGAAAUCGGUUCCAUUCAGUGGCAUAUCGUGGGAUGUUUAUUUGCGUCGUAUGUGUUGAUUUUUCUGUGUCUGUUUCGUGGAAUCAAAGCUAGUGGGAAGGUUGUAUAUGUAACGGCAUUGCUUCCCUACAUACUGCUUGUGGCGAUCUUCAUUAGAACUUGUUCGCUGCCAGGAGCUGUUGACGGGAUUAUGUACUACCUUAAACCUGAAUUUGGCAAACUCCUCACAGGGCAGGUGUGGUCGGAGGCGUGUAUCCAGGUGUUUUACAGUCUUGGUCCAGGCUGGGGGAUUAUCAUGACAGCAUCCAGUUAUAACAAGUUUCGUGAGCCCACUUUAAGGGAUUCCAUUAUUCUAUGUACUGUAUCAGAAGGAACGAGCAUAUUCGCUGGGUUCGUCACAUUUGCCAUCCUGGGUGUUAUGGCUGAAAGAGUCGGGGUCCCAAUAUUUGAAGUCGUAUCAUCAGGACCAGGAUUAGGAUUCGUUGCCUACCCAGAAGCCCUGUCACAUCUUCCACUUCCACAGCUGUGGUCCUUCCUGUUUUUCCUGAUGUUACUGACUGUAGGACUAGACGGUCAGUUUAUGUUUGUUGAGCUCCUGACAACAACGGUCAUAGAUCAGUUCCCCACAACACUCAGACACAGACGAGGCUGGGUCACAGGGGUGACAUGUGUCAUCGCCUUUGCUGCUGGUAUCAUCAUAUGUACACAGGGUGGCCCAUACAUCAUGCAACUGAUCGACUGGUACCUGGUGGCACUGUCGCUGUUCCUCUUCUGUACCCUGGAGUGUGUGGCUGCUGUCUGGUUCUACGGUAUCAAGCAGCUGAAUGAGGACAUUGAUAUGAUGAGUGGACGUCCUCUUCCUAUGCUGGUCAAAGUCCUGUGGGGCAUCAUCACCCCAGCAAUACUGGUUGCCGUGUUCAUCGCAACGAUUUCACAGUACGAUUCUCCCACCUACGGGAAGUACACCUACCCUGCCGAGGUUGAAACGAUUGGAUGGAUGAUUGCCCUCAUUCCAGUUGUUCCAGUGAUCAUUGUCAUGAUAAAAUCAUUGCUAAAACGGCAGGGGUCAUUACAACGGAGACUGAUGUUGUCCCUUCGACCAAACUCUCAGUGGCGUCCAGCGGACGAUUCGCUUACAACAAGACACACGGAAGCCCUUGUUCACAAUAGACGAACCUUCUCUGAAAAUCUCCGAUGUAUCUUCAAAACUCACACACAAUCUAAGAGAUGAAACAUUGGAUUCAGUGAAUAAUCAGUUGUGAUCAAAUCCUGAAAUCCUAAGUUAUGUGAAAUCACUAUAAUAGUUUAGCUAAGAGGAAAACUACGAUGAAAUAGUAAAGGUAACAACAAAUAUAUAUUCGGGUUUUAUUUUUGUUUUUUCUCUUGAAGGUGCUAUUUCCAGGGUGAGAAUAUACUCUGAAACGUGGUGUUCCGCAAAAUACAGAAGUUGACAUUCCCGAUAAUUACAUGGAUCUUUGAGAAUAGAUCAAAACAAAACCAAUUCCAUGUACAGAGUGGUUUAUUUCACAUACCUUCUAUUAAGCUGCAGGGGAUUAUAUUUUAUACUUUCAGAGUUACUUGUAAUCUGUCAUCUUAUUACUACUAUUCUAUUCUGCACUGCCAUUGCAAGUAUUUUGCAAAUCUAGAUUGUUUCAUAUCACAGUGGUUAAUUAUAUAUUACAUUUCUUCCUUAAUUGAUUUCACGCUGAAUUCUUUUGUGCAUAGACAUUGUGAAUUCAACACAUGACACUAGUUAGUGGUUAGAUCAUUAAAGUUAGCCUUUCAAGAAGUCAUUUAAAAUGGGAGCCGUGUCGCUCUAAGUGAUAAAAGAGUAUUUGACUACAGAAGAUUGUUAACUAAUAUGUUUGGAACAACCGAUUGGUUGGGCAAAAUGUGUAAAUUCAUUUAAUUCUGUGGAUACCAAUGUGUAUCUUCAUUUUGCAUUUUCUGCCUAGGGCAUCUUGUUCCUGAAAAGGGUAUUGUAAAUUUGAGAAGUCUUUCUAUUAACACGGAAAAACUAGACAACGUUUUACCAAUAUUUUAUAACGA